CAGAAACAGAGCAAGCAUCAGAAGCUGCAGAGCUCAACACCAGAAAUCAUCACCAGCUACCAAAUCGAGAAGAUGUCGUCUUCACCAGUCCGUCUCGCUCUCGCUCUCAUGUGCCUGGUCUCAGCCGUCGGUGUCGUCUCCUGCGGCCGGCCUCACAUGGUCUUGAACUCGGCUCUGGAUGAGGUUCACAAUGUCCCACUAGGAGAUGAGGUCCCAGAGAGACUCACUCUUCCUGAGCUCCAGUGGAUGCUCAGUAACAACGAGCUCACCCCUGUUCAGGUGGAAGAAGCCCCUCUCAGCAGGAUGGAGCUUGUCAGGAGAGACAACACAGUGACGGCCAAACCACACAACUGCAUGAAUUACUUCUGGAAGUCCAGGACAGCAUGCUGAGCUCAGCGUACACCCAAGAUCCAGAGCCAGAGGCGCCGUCUGGACCGUUAAUAUGCUGCAAUUAACUCCCUCUCGUUCAGCAUACACCUCUGAGACAGUUAUCAUGCUUGCUCUCUGGCUUCAAACACUCCAGAAGCUCUGUUAAUUACUUUAAUUCUAGCAGCUAGAUGUUGCUCCAAUAUAAGGUGCCAAUUUUAUUCUGCUCGAAAGCUCAAAUGGUUUUAAAUAAACGAUACAGCAUCAUCAAACUGA